UUCCUCGACACACGGAGGUAGAAAGAGUCUGGAAGUGGACCUGAAGAGUUCAGCAGAUAUGGCUGCUGCAAACUAUCUGCAAUCUGAAGAUCGGUUUCUGUGCUCCAUCUGUCUGGAUGUGUUCACUGAUCCUGUCAGCACACCAUGUGGUCACAACUUCUGCAAGAACUGCAUCACUGAACACUGGAAUACUAGUAACAGGUGCCUUUGUCCCAUCUGUAAGGAGGGUUUUACCACAAGACCUGAUUUGAGAGUCAACACUUUCAUCUCUGAGAUGGUUGCUCAGUUCAGACAGUCAGCUCAACAGAAAGUGUCCAAACCAGGAGAAGUUCCCAGUGACGUCUGCACUGGAACAAAACUGAAAAGAGAAUAUGAAGGAAAGAAGGGGAAGACCGAGGCUGAAAUCCAGCAGAUGAUCCAGAAGAGACGACUGAAGAUUCAGGAGAUCAAACACUCAGUCGACCUCAGUGAGGAAGAUGCAGACAGAGAGAUAGCAGAAGGUGUUCAGGUCUUCACUUCUCUGAAGGAGUCUGUUGAGAGAGGCCUGAAUGAGCUCAUCAACACCAUCAAAGAGAAGCAGAAAACAACAGAAAAACAGGCUGAAGCUUUCAUCAAAGAGCUGGAACAGGAAAUCUCUGAGCUGAUGAAGAGAAGCACUGAGGUGGAGCAGCUCUCACGCUCUGAAGACCACCUCCAUCUUCUUCAGAGUGUCCAGUCCCUAAACAUCCAACAACCUCCACCCACCAAGGACUGGACAGAGGUCAGCGUCAGUCCAUCAUCAUAUGAGGGGACUGUGGUGAAAGCUGUGGCUCAGCUGGAGGAGAAACUCAGUGAAGAGAUGAAGAAGCUGCUUGAGUCUGAGCUGAAGAGGGUCCAGCAGUAUGCAGUGGAUGUGACUCUUGAUCCUGAUACAGCACAAUCGUUUCUCAUCCUGUCUGAUGAUGGGAAACAAGUGAAUCAUGGUGAUGUGAGGAAGAAUCUCCCAGACAACCCUGAGAGAUUUUCUAAGUCUGCUAGUGUUUUAGGAAAACAGAGUUUCUCUUCAGGCAGAUUUUACUUUGAGGUUCAAGUUAAAGGAAAGACUAAAUGGGAUUUAGGAGUGGUCAGAGAGUCGAUCAACAGGAAGGGAAUCAUCAACCUGAGCCCUGAGGAUGGUUACUGGACGAUAUGGUUGAGAAAUAGAAAUGAGUAUAAAGCUCUAGCUGGCCCUCCUGUCCUUCUCUCUCUGAAGUCUCCUCCUCAGAAGGUGGGGGUGUUUGUGGAUUAUGAGGAGGGUCUGGUCUCCUUUUAUGACGUAGAUGCUGCAGCUCUUAUCUACUCCUUUACUUGCUGCUCCUUCACUGAGAAACUCUUCCCAUUCUUCAGUCCCUGUAAUAAUGAAGGUGGUAAAAACUCUGCCCCUCUGAUCAUCUCUCCUGUCAGAGUAAACUAAUCACUGAUCUCAUUUCAGGUAUUGAUUCAUUUUCAA